GAGAAAAGCAUUGUGGCUCAAAAGUGGAGGCUUGGAAUGAGAAGAGCCGCGGGAAUGGCGUAUAUAACAUAAGUGCAGUCACUCUUGAUAUUUCUUUUUCUGCUUGUCAGUCUAUCUCAACCUCUGCGGCUGGUUACCAAGAAAUCGCCCUGUCGGAACUCCAAAAAUGGCUUCAUAUCCGGACGAAAAGGCCAUUGCUCCCACUUCCACAGUACCACUGGACUCAUACACCGAGAGUACAUCUAUCAAGAUCUCUGACAGUCCAAUCCAGAUAUCUGGGAAUGUUGCAGCGGAGCCUCAGCGCCAAAAAUGGUACCAGUACUUUGCUCCGACGGACACUCCCGAGGAACGACGCUUGAUCCUCAAACUCGAUGGAUUGAUCAUGAUCUUUGUUUUUCUGGCAUAUUGGGCUAAAGUCUUGGAUUCUUCGGCGACGAGUACGGCAUAUGUCAGUGGGAUGAAGGAGGACUUGAAGUUGUUUGGAAAUGAGCUGAAUUACUUAAAUACCGUUUAUAUGGUCGGAUUUAUUGUCAUGCAAGUCCCAUUGACGAUGCUGAUGACUCGUCUCCCAGUGAACUAUUUCCUCCCAGUAGCAGAUCUUCUCUGGGGUGUCUUCACGCUUGUACAGUACAAAGCGACAAGUGUGAACCACCUCUACGCAUUCCGGUUUUUCGUAGGAGCACUCGGCGGAUUCUUCUUCCCAGCCGUCCAGUGGUACCUCGGAUGUUGGUACAAACGUACGGAGCUCAAUCGUCGUGGCGCUCUUUUCUUCAUCGCCAGUCAAGUAGGAAGCAUGAGCUCGGGGUACAUCCAAGCUGGAGCAUACGACUCAUUAAAUGGCACGCAUGGUAUCGAGGGAUGGAGAUGGCUUUACAUCAUCUGCUUCUCCUGCACAAUCCCAAUUGCCGUCAUCGGAUUCAUCCUUUUGCCUGGCACCCCAGAUAAACCGAGUUCACGAUUCUUGACACCUGAAGAUGUCGCUCUUGCAAGAGCACGCAUGGCGUCGGAGAAGCGCGAGCCAAGCAAGCCUCUUACUUUCUCCAUUGUCAAGAAAGUCCUGCAAGGAUGGCACUUCUACAUCCUCGUUCUCUUCGCUUUCUUCUUUUCGCAAGCAGAUGGUGUAUCCUCAAAUAGUGGUCUACCUAUCUGGUUGAAAGAGACAGGACAUUCAGUGUCCUCGAUCAACACUAUCACCACUGUGUCACCUGCUGUUACCAUCGUCUCGAGCAUCAUCUGGGGUAUCAUCGCUGAUGCAUAUGAUGCCAAAGUCUCGCUUAUUGCCGUCACUGCGGUUCUGAACAUAUUCGCGAGUGUGGUUCUCGCAAUUUGGAAUGUCCCCGUUGGGCUCAAGUACUUUGCAUUCUUCCUCAGUGGAACCCCCGACGCUAUUGCUGCGAUCAUCUAUGCGUGGGCGAAUGAGAUUUGCGCUGGGAACGCGGAGGAGAGAGCCUUGGUGAUCAGUUCCAUGAACACCGUCGGCAAUACUUUUGGAGCGUGGCUUCCUUUGUUGUGAGUCCCCACUGCAGGUUACGUAUAGGAAAUUUGUACUGACUUUGAGAUUAGUGUUUGGAAGACAGUUGAUGCUCCUAGAUAUCUCAUUGGGUACAAUUGGACGAUUGCUCUUGACGUCUGCAUGCUUGGCAUGCUGUUUGUGCUCAGACAUUUCUGGAAUAGAGAGAAGAAGCUUGCGAGUGCUUCUUAACAGUAGGUCACUGGCUUCCGACAAUCCCUGGGCCGUUCGCGCGUCUGAAUAUUGUCCAAGGUUUUUGACUGAGCAGAGGCGCAUGAUGUUUGAUCCGAUAUAAAAAUGGGAGACGGGGGUCAAUAUCUUGUCACGCAAUGUAUACCAGCAUAUGUCCACGGGCAUGGCAAAGAUUCGACGGCAAUUUCGUUAUAGAACUGGGGGAAGUGAUUCCAAUGAGCAGAGUAACCGAAUAUCCAGUCUCCUCUGCAAAGUUGCAAUGGGGGAAAGGAGCAAUGUGAACAAUGAAUGGUGUGUUCCGAAAAUACGACGCUCUCAUUCCGAGCUCAUCCUCGUCAACAGCGACGAAGAAAGAUUUUGUUCCGUUUUCGUCGAAUUCUCCUCAAUUGCAUCUCCGAGAAGAACAAAAACUUCUCCAUGACCAUUUGCAGCCGCAGCUUGCAAAGCUGUUUGCUUCUUCUGUCCCGAAACAGCUCCCAAUUCCGCCCCGGCUUCAAUCAAUCUCUUAACGAUCUCAACAUAUCCAUAUUCAGCAGCAGCGAGCAGUGCGGUACCUCCUCCAUUAUAUGCCCCUGGUGCAUUCACAUUGGCCCCAUGUUUCAAAAGUUCAUUUACAAUGUCCAGAUUUCCAUGCAGCGAUGCAUUCUGUAGAGCAGUCAAGCCAAAAUAUCGUGAUGGAGGCGCAUUAACAUCAGCACCUGUUGCGAGAAGUCUGCGCACAGCCGCAAUGUUGCUUGUCGGUGAGCACGAAGCUUGCAAUGCCGUCAAUCCCCCGUAACGCGCACCAGGAGCAUUUACGUCUGCUUCGAUCUUAAGCAGUUUCUCGAUCACCGCCAAAUGACCACCCUCAGAAGCAGCCUGUAGUGCUGUUCGGCCAUUAUACUUCGCUGCGGGAACAUUGAAAUCCGCACCAGCAGCGAGAAGCAUAUCUACGAUCUCGAUAUUACCCGCUACGGCAGCGAUUUGCAAUGCUGUCCUCGGACGAUUGAAAUCUCCAGCCGCAUUUACAUCUGCUCCUGCUGCAAUUAAUCGGGCAACGAUAGAUGCAUGCCCCUGAGCACAAGCUGCUUGCAGAGCGUUUUGGCCGUACCACCCAGUUGGGGGAGCAUCAAUACUUGUCAAAGGGUCGGAGAGGAGACACUCGACUGUUGCGAGGUCGCCGUCGCGACAAGCAAGUUGCAAGUCCGUCCAGCGAUCUUGUUCUUCGAUUUCGUCGAGGGAGUCGCCUAUCGUGGGGUCCGAACAGUAGCCUGUUGUUGUGGAGAUGUUUUCUAUUGACCUCAACUUGUCGAAGUUCCGAGACGACAUCUUGCACGACUUGAUCUUCGAUGUUGGUGGGCAAAGAGAUCUGUGAACGCAACAUAGAUGGAGUGUGGGAUAGUUUAAUUCGCGCUGGCUGUGAGCAUGUGGCUUCACGGCACAGCAGUGUGUCUAUCUCCAACUCGCAGCAUCCGGGACGUACGCUCAGAGGUAAUACGAAUGAUUCGAAUCAUAAGGCUGGCACUGUUUCAUUUUGUAUCAUUGACAGCAUUACAAGGGAAUUCUCUCAUCACGGAGAGAUGGAGUUGAUGUUGUUGAG